AUAGUAUAUAAAUAAAAGUUUCAUUGUUCAUCGUUAUAGAAAUCAGAAUUAUAAGCAGAAGUGUGACAAAAACAGUGAUAAAUUUUGAACUUUAGGUGUACAGAGAAAGAUGAUGAAAAUCACCCCGACCAUAUUUCCCCCAAAGGAGUCAAUUGAAAGAUGUUCCAAAUGCCAUGAAUAUCUAACAGUUGGACCUAUCACAAUCUCCACCGGUGAACCAAUAUGUGGCAGGUGUUCACACGAUAUGGAUCAUGUCGCUCUGUUCUAUGAAAAUUUGGCUGUAUAUAUGUUUUUCCCAUGCAUCAAUGAUCGCUUUGGUUGUGAUGCUAAAUUAGUUUGGGGAGCAGUGUUAUCUCAUGAAAAAAAAUGUCAAUUUUCGCCAGUAGAAUGUCCUGCUUUGAACUGUAAAGAGAAAAUCGGCAAGGAAAGAUUAUUGGAUCAUUUCAAGUCGAGUCACGAUGAACUUAAAAUGGAUGGAAAUCAAAUCACAAUAUCUAUGAAAGAAUGUACUGUUUCCGUAAAUAAGUUACUUAUUUUGGGGAAAACAUCCAUCAUAUUCAAAAUUCAUUUCGCUAAUCCCUCAUGGUACUAUAAUAUAACGUCAUGGGAAAAUCUGGAGAGCAAAGAUUUGAAAUGCAAUAUUUUAAUAGAAGAUGAUAAAAAGAGAUACGAAAAAAAAUUAAAAGAUGUUUCCAUUGUCCCCUAUACAAGCAAAAGACACAAAUUAUCCCAAAUGACGGAAUUGGAUUUACCUUCCUUGGCAGAGAUGUGGAAUACGGAGACUUUCGUUUUAACCAUCCUCACAGAAUCAUCAUCUGACACAUUGCUCGAUAAAAAUCUUCUUUCGGAGUUGAAAUGUCCAAACUGUACCGGUUUUAUGAAACCACCAAUUCCAAUGUGUCCGGGCGGUCAUAGCAUCUGCAACUCUUGUAAAUUGAAUAUUUCUCAGUGUCCUUUAUGUUCAGCGGAAAUGAGAGACAACAGAAAUUUUACAUUAGAGAGAUUGAUCGAACAUGUAGUUUUUCCCUGCAAAUACGAAAAUUAUGGUUGUGGAUUUGUUGGAACAUUAUCUAAUAUUAAUCUUCACGAACAAGGUUGCCCCAUUGGAUCCAAUGAGUUGAUGGAAUGCUUUAUUAAUUACCUCGUUCCUUGCUCAUGGAAAGGAAUACGGUCUGAAGCGAUUUUACAUUUGUCCAAAAAUCAUACAAAGUUUUACAUAAACAUCAGAAAACCUAUUGUUAUCAAUUUGAAAGAGUUCAAAGCUUUGAGUGCAUUCACUGAAUAUAAUUGUGAAAUUUUUAAAAUCCACAUAACAUACGACAAAAAAGGGGGAUUGAAUUUAUGUGUGAAAUUUAUUCCAGGCAAAAAGAAAAACAAUUAUCGAUAUUAUUUAAAUUUUGUAGAUCGGAAUAGAAAUUACAGAUUAUUAAGUUUGAAUAAAUUUUGUACAAUAUCAGAACCACAGAACGAUACUUUGGAUACAUCUUUAUUCGUGAAGAAACAAUUGAUCAAACCAUUUUUGAAAAAAGAAGUACUUGAAUUUAAAUUGAAUAUAGUUAAUUUUUAACUGAUGUUCAAUACAUAACUCAAUUCUGUUGAAUUAUACUUACUUAAUUCCACAAUUUUUACUAUGAAGUGACACCCUCUGACAAAGGCAAAUAAAUGAUCAUCCUGUAUAUGGAAAGUAAGUAGAAAUUGAUUCUAUUUGGUAGGGACGACCAUCGAUAGACAGGUUUCGGAGUACUUGCUGCUCGUCAGCUCCGGAUAGACUAUUCAAUGGAACUAAUAUUAUGGAUCCAAGGCAACUAUUCUUUUUACGUAGCAACAUCAAACAGCAUAAUUCUAAGCACGAAUUGAAGAACCCCGAACAUCAAUACAAUACAAGGAACAGACAACUCACAUACUUGACUCCUUUUAUGAGAAAAUCAAAAGGACAAAAAAGUCUGACAUAUUUGAGUCCCAAACUAUACCAAUGUCUUCCAGCUGAAAUUCAAAAUAUUUCAAGGCCAACUACAUUCAAGUAUCACCUGAAAUUGUAUAUUUUCUCAUUGCCCAGAACAACAAUUCACAGACUGAUCAUGC